AUGGGCAUUUUUCUUGCGAUUCUCUCAUGUACGAUGCUUCGAUUGCCAGUGUCUGCUGGAAAUGAUUUGAAUUCUAUUGAUUCUGACAUCUUGAAAGAGAACGAGCUGGGAAAUGUUGAACUAUUAGAACUUGAAAGACGAGAGCUUAUUGGUGAAAUACUCCGUUUAAAUCCAGGAUAUAAGACGCCUGAGAACUACAAACCAGUGCUUAAGGAGUCAAAAGUCCCUCUUCCGGCAGAAGCACAUCCAGGACAUAAUAUUAUUGGAGUUCUUCUAGGACCUGAAAGCAAUACCCAGAAGCGACUGCAUGAAGUAUGGAAACUGGAGCUGUCAUUCGAGUAUAUGGGACUAAGAAAAUCAAUGGAGAAAAGAGUGAGAUUCGGUCAUCAAGACAUAAAUGAAGUACAAGAUGCUUAUGAAGACCUAUACAUCAAUGUAUCGGCUGACUCUUAUGAUAAAGUAGAUGCUGCAGUUGUGUUGAUUGAGCUGCUUCUUGCUCCUGUUUCUGUGAAGUCAACAGCUACUUCAACAACUACUGCUGUUCCUUCAGCAGUUACCUCCAAGGAUGCAGUUUCAGCAAAUGUGCAACUGGUCAACCUCCUCCACAUGAAUAGCAUGCCAAGAAAUCCAUUUCCUGUUCCUGGGCCUCAGCAAUCAACACCAAGCAAUCAACAACAUCCACCUCAAUUUCGAGCUAAUAACUCCUCAAUUGGGCCUUCUUUUGGUCAUCCGCCUGGUAUUAGGCCUCUGCAAGCUUCACCAACUUUUUAUGGCAGUGGAGACGACCCUAUUUCUGUCUCUCCUGUCGGUGCAACUCCACCACAAGGUCCCAUUGCAUUGACACCAUCAAAUAUGCCCACCAUGUACGCAGCCAGCAUCCACCAGUACCAAAUUUCACUGGUUCAGCACCAUUGGUUUCCAGGCCUCCUGGCGGAGCUCAGUCUUUUCCCACAGCUGCGCCUCAAGGUCCUUCCUCAGUAG